AUUAUUAUUAUUAUUAUUAUUAGUUCUCCCAAUAGCUCUUUACCUUUUCACAGUACCACCACAUAUGGAUGAAAUUUCCUUCUUUAAUUCCACAUUUCCAACAUUUUUUAUCUCCGGACUUGAACAUUUUUUAUAACUUCAUCGGUGUAAUGUACCACCUGUACAUCAUCUUAUAGAUCUUUUCUUUCAGUGAUGUACAAGCCAUGAAUUUUAUUCUUACAUUCCAUAAUUUAUACCAUUCUUCAUAUUCAAUGUUGUGGCCGAGGUCUAUUGCCCAAUUGAUCAUGACAGAUUUACUUUGCUCGUCUUUAGUUUUCCACUCUUAACAAAAAUUCAUACAUUUUGGAUAGAUUUUUUGUAUUAUUGUCCAUUACUAAUUUUUCUAAUGCUGUCUUAGAUUGUUCAAAGCCCUUUGAUCUUCUAUCUUUCACGAAUGCGCUAUAAAUUUGUUGGUAUUCCCACCAUCCUUGCACCUUCUCCUUUAGCUCCUCGUAUGUCCUCAUCUUAAAUAUAUUAUUUUCCACUAUUGUUAUAUCUCUGUAAGUCAGCCAGUUUCCCUUCAUGCUAAGUUUCUUUACCGAUAAAGCCUCUUGAGGUGAUAACCAACCUGGAAUCUUCCUUUCAAACCAUUCCCUGUAUCUCAGCCAAACUUCCAAUAAUAGCUUCUUCAUGGUGUGUUGUAAAAAAUCCUUAUGAACUUGUACCUUAUCAUACUACAGGUACGCAUGCCAACCGUAUCAGUUUUGGAAACCUUCAAGGUCUAAUAAUUCUGAAUUUUCCAAUUUUAACCAAUCCCUUAUCCAUAUUAUACAUGCUGAUUCAUAAUACAGUUCAAGGUCAGGGAGGGAGAAGCCACCCCUUUCUUUUUUGUCAGUUAGAAUUUUAAACUUUAUCCUGGGCUUUUUACCCUGUCCUAUAAAACGUGAAAUUACCUUUUGCCACUCUUUAAAUUGUGUUUUGCCUGUAAUAAUUGGGAUUGUUUGGAAUAAGAAAAGUAGCUUGGGUAAUAUUGACAUCUUUAUAGCAGCCAUUCUGCCCCACCAAGAUAGGUUAAGCUUGCUCCAUGUUUCCAGAUUGAAUUUCACUUCCUUCCAUGCUGUUAUGUAAUUGUCUUUGUACAGGUUUGAGUUUUUUGGUGAUAACCAGAUACCUAAAUAUUUUACUUUCUUAACCGCUGUUAUUCCUAUUUUUGAUUGUAACUGGUCUGUUUGUUCUAAGUUCAGAUUUUUCACCAUCAUUUUUGUCUUGUUUCUGUUCAAUUUUAACCCCGCUAGUGCCCCAUACUCCUCAAUUACCGGUAUUUUCAAGGCCUCUGUCGCUGAUGUUUGCGGAUCUUGUAGCGUUAGGACUAUGUCAUCAGCGAAUGCCUUUAGUUUAUAUUCUCUCAUUCCAUGUCUUACUCCUAUUAUGCUUUCUGAUUUCCUUAUUUUCUGUAAUAAUACUUCCAAUGUAAGUAUAAACAAUAAGGGCGAAAGCGGGCAACCCUGCCUUGUGCCUUUCAUACAACUGAAAUACAUGAUCUUGGCUAAACCCUCUUCACUUGAGUCAGUUGGCUUAUGAUUUUCAAUACAGUGGUACCUUGGGUUACAAACACUUCGGGUUACAGACUCCGUUAACCCGGAAGUCGUACCUCAGGUUAAGCAAUUUACCUCAGGAUGAGAGCAGAAAUCGUGCGGCAGCAGGAGGCCCCCAUUAGCUAAAGUGAUACCUCAGGUUAAGAAUGGUUUCAGGUUAACAACAGAACUCCGGAAUGAAUUAUGGUAAGCGCCUUUCCUUCUGCAUCUCCAGCUCUCUCCAUGCAAUGCAAGGCUGACAGAUGGAGGUCCAACCCAAAGAACAUUCUUCUACCUGAGCACUCCUUCGGCUGACCACAACCAACAAAUAUGGGUCUCCCAAAAUGGUUAACAUGCACCUCCUGAGGCCAAAGGGACUGUCCAGGUGAUUAGAUAAAAAUAGGAUUUCCUCCCCCCUUCACCCUCCAAAGAAGACAAAGGCAGUGAGAAUUAUGGGGGCCAUGUUCAAUGUGAAUAACGAAGAAAUCAUUUAAAUGCAUGGAGUGUGGAAAGAGAAAACAUUUGAAAGUAUGGAGUAUGGGAAGAGCUUCAAUGACAGUGGAACACUAAUAAAACAUCAGCAGACUCACACAGGGGGGAAACCAUUUGAAUGCAUGGAGUGUGGAAAGAGCUUCAGUCACAAUGGAAUCCUGAGAAUUCAUCAACGGAGUCACACUGUGGAGAAACCAUUUGAAUGCAUGGAGUGUGGAAAGAGCUACAGUCAGAGUGGAACACUAAGACUACAUAAACGGACUCACACUGGUGAGAAACCAUUUAAAUGCAUGGAGUGUGGAAAGAGCUUCAGUAGGAGUGGACAUCUUAGAAGUCAUCAACGGACUCACAGAGGGGAGAAACCCUUUGAAUGCAUGGAAUGUGGAAAUAGCUUCAGUGACAGUGGAACACUUAGAAAACAUCAUCGGACUCACACGGGGGAGAAACCAUUUAAAUGCAUGGAGUGUGGAAAGAGCUUCAGUCAGAGUGGAGACCUUAGAAUUCAUCAACGGAGUCACACUGGUGAGAAACCAUUUAAAUGUAUGGAGUGUGGAAAGAGCUACAGACACAGUGGGAACCUUAGAACCCAUCAACGGAGUCACACAGGCGAGAAACCAUUUGAAUGUAUGGAGUGUGGAAAGAGCUUCAGUCGGAGUGGAAACCUUAGAAUUCAUCUACGGACUCACACAGGGGAGAAACCAUUUAAAUGUAUGGAGUGUGGAAAGAGCUUCAGUAUGAGUGGACAUCUUAGAAGUCAUCAACGGACUCACACAGGGGAGAAACCAUUUAAAUGUAUGGAGUGUGGAAAGAGCUUCAGUCGGAGUGGAAACCUUAGAAUUCAUCUACGGACUCACACAGGGGAGAAACCAUUUAAAUGCAUGGAAUGUGGAAAGAGCUUCACUGACAGUGGAACACUUAGAAAACAUCAAUGGACUCACACAGGAGAGAAACCAUUUAAAUGCAUGGAGUGUGGAAAGAGCUUCAGUCAGAGUGGAGACCUUAGAAUUCAUCAAUGGACUCACACUGGUGAGAAACCAUUUAAAUGCAUGGAAUGUGGAAAUAGCUUCAGUGACAGUGGAACACUUAAAAAACAUCAUCGGACUCACACGGGGGAGAAACCAUUUAAAUGCAUGGAGUGUGGAAAGAGGUUCAUUCAGAGUGGAGACCUUAGAAUUCAUCAACGGACUCACACUGGUGAGAAACCAUUUAAAUGCAUGGAAUGUGGAAAGAGCUUCACUUACCGUGGAACACUUAGAAAACAUCAAUGGACUCACACAGGAGAGAAACCAUUGGAAUGUAUGGAGUGUGGAAAGGGCUUCACUUCUAAUCAAGUACUUAGAAUUCAUAAACGGACUCACACAGGAGAGAAACCAUUUAAAUGCAUGGAGUGUGGAAAGAGCUUCAGUCAGAGUGGACACCUUAGAAUUCAUCAACAGAGACAUACAGGAGAGAAACCAUUUGAAUGCAUGGAGUGUGGAAAGAGCUUUAUUGAUGGUACAACAUUGACUAACCAUCAUCAAACUCACACAGGGGAGAAACCAUUUAAAUGUAUAGAGUGUGGAAAGAGCUUCAGUCAGAGUGGAAAACUUAGAAUUCAUCAACGGACUCACACUGGUGAGAAACCAUUUAAAUGUGUGGAAUGUGGAAAGAGCUUCACGUCGAAUGGAACACUUAGAAUUCAUCAACGGACUCACACAGGGGAGAAACCAUUUAAAUGCAUGGAGUGUGGAAAGAGCUUCAGUCAGAGUGGAACACUAAGACUACAUCAAUGGACUCACACUGGUGAGAAACCAUUUAAAUGUGUGGAAUGUGGAAAGAGCUACACUAAGAGUAGAAACCUUAGAAUACAUCAACGGACUCACACAGGAGAGAAACCAUUUAAAUGCAUGGAGUGUGGAAAGAGCUUCAGUCGGAGUGGAAACCUUCGAAUUCAUCAACGAACUCACACAGAGGAUAAACCAUUUCAUUGUAUGGAAUUUGGAAAGAGCUUCACUAAGAGUGAACACCUUAGAAUUCAUCAACGGACUAACACUGGUGAGAAACCAUUUAAAUGCAUGGAGUGUGGAAAGAGCUUCACUUAUAGUGGAACACUAAGACUACAUCAGCGGACUCACACAGGGGAGAAACCAUUUAAAUGCGUGGAGUGUGGGACAAGCUUCAGUCAGAAUGGACACCUUAGAAUUCAUCAACGGAGUCACACUGGGGAGAAACCAUUUCAAUGCAUGGAGUGUGGAAAGAGCUUCACCCCUUCUGCUUACGUUUCUGUACAUCAACAGCCUCACACUGGGGAGAAACCAUUUAAAUGCAUGGAGUGUGGAAAGAGCUUCAGUCAAAGUGAUAAACUUAGAAUUCACCAACAGACUCACACUGGUGAGAAACCAUUUAAAUGCAUGGAGUGUGGAAAGAGCUUCAGUCAAAGUGGAAACCUUAGAAUUCAUCAACGGACUCACACUGGUGAGAAACCAUUUAAAUGCAUGGAGUGUGGAAAAAGCUUCAGUCAGAGUGGACACCUUAGAAUUCAUCAACGGAGUCACACAGGAGAGAAACCCUUUAAAUGCAUGGAGUGUGGAAAGAGCUUCAGUAGAAGUGACAGCCUUAAUUUACAUAAUCAAACUCACACAGCGGAGAAACCAUUUAAAUGCAUGGAGUGUGGAAAGAGCUUUGAUGAGAGUGGAGACCUUAGAAUUCAUCAACGGACUCACAUGGGGGAGAAACCAUUUACAUGUAUAGAGUGUGGAAAGAGCUACAGUCAGAGUGGACACCUUAGAAUUCAUCAACGGAGUCACACUGGGGAGAAACCAUUUAAAUGCAUGGAGUGUGGAAAGAGCUUCAGUGGGAGUGGACACCUUAGAAUUCAUCAACAGACUCACACAGGGGAAAAACCAUUUAAAUGCAUGGAGUGUGGAAAGAGCUUCAGUGGGAGUGGACACCUUAGAAUUCAUCAACGGAGUCACACUGGGGAGAAACCAUUUAAAUGCAUGGAGUGUGGAAAGAGCUUCAGUGGGAGUGGACACCUUAGAACUCAUCAACAGACUCAUACGGGGGAGAAACCAUUUCAAUGCAUGGAGUGUGGAAAGAGCUUCAGUCAGAAUGGAAACCUUAGAAUUCAUCAACGGACUCAUACGGGGGAGAAACCAUUUAAAUGCAUGGAGUGUGGAAAGAGCUUCAGUCGGAGUGGACACCUUAGAAGUCAUCAACGGACUCACACGGGGGAGAAACCAUUUAAAUGUAAGGAAUGUGGAAAGAGCUUCAGUAGAUGUGACAGCCUUAAUUUACAUAAUCAAACUCACACAGGGGAGAAACCAUUUGCAUGCAUGGAGUGUGGAAAGGGCUUCGCUUCUAAUCAAGUACUUAGAACUCAUCAACAGACUCAUACGGGGGAGAAACCAUUUCAAUGCAUGGAGUGUGGAAAGAGCUUCAGUCAGAGUGGAAACCUUAGAAUUCAUCAACGGACUCAUACGGGGGAGAAACCAUUUAAAUGCAUGGAGUGUGGAAAAAGCUUCAGUCAGAGUGGAAACCUUAAUUUACAUAAUCAUACCCACACAGGGGAAAAACCAUUUGAAUGUAUGGAGUGUGGAAAGAGCUUCACUUGUAGUGGAACACUAAGAAGACAUAAAUGGACGCACACAGGAAAACCAUUUAACUGUAUAGAGUGUGGAAAGAGCUUCAGUCAGAGUGGAGACCUUAGAAUUCAUCAACGACCUCACACAGAGGAUAAACCAUUUCAAUGUAUGGAAUGUGGAAAGAGCUUCACUAAGAGUGGACUUCUUACGCUCGAACAGGGUGGCCUCCAGGAGUUCCGGCCCCCAUGGGUGCUCGGCCCAGACGCGAGUUCCAUGAUUUAAGUGAAAUA